AUGGAGCAGAUCCGNACACGGUUUAGUCGGGCGCGGUUCAGUCGAUUUGGCAACAACCCCUUCUCGGCCCUCUCUGGGAGUUCGGACGCCGCCAACGCGCAGCCUCUGCGGACGGAGAACCGGGAGCCGUUGCCCAACCCUUGGAAUCCUGGUGCUGCUUCUCAGGAGGCGGAGAACGGAGGCAGCCCUGAGCCCGUCCCCAGCCGGAGCACCCCCACCGUCUCCAACCCUCUGGGCAUCAACGCAGCUGCUUUGGGAUCAGGGAUGUUCAGCAGCCCCGAGAUGCAGGGGCUCCUCCAGCAGGUCUCCGAGAACCCUCAGCUGAUGCAGAGCGUGAUUUCGGCUCCUUACAUGCGCACGAUGUUGCAGACCCUCGCCCAGAACCCAGAGGUUGCCGCUCAGAUGAUGGUCAACGCCCCGGUCUUUGCUGGCAACCCCUCCCUGCAGGAGCAGCUGCGCCUUCAGCUGCCCGCCUUCCUCCAGCAGAUGCAGAACCCUGACUCGCUCUCGGUGCUGACGAAUCCUCGCGCCAUGCAGGCUCUGCUGCAGAUCCAGCAGGGGCUCCAGAUGCUGCAGACGGAGGCCCCGGGCCUCGUGCCCAGUCUGGGCUCUCUGGGGACCCCCCAGCCGCCCCCACCGUCCGCCGGAGGAACUGCAGUCCUGGACCCCCCCCUGCCCAGCACCUCCCCAGCUGGAGACAGCAACCCCUCCCAGCAGCUCAUGCAGCACAUGGUGCAGCUCCUGUCCAGUGCCAACUCUCAGGCGCAGAGCCCAGAGGUCCGGUUCCAGCAGCAGCUGGAGCAGCUGAGCGCCAUGGGCUUCAUCAACCGCGAGGCCAACCUCCAGGCCCUCAUUGCCACCGGAGGAGACAUCAACGCCGCCAUUGAAAGACUGCUGGGCUUCCAGGCUUCCUAACGUCACGCGGGGCUUUUGGCACGCAAGGACCUUUCCAGGGGCAGCCAGGCUCGGACCCAGCACUGGCCCCCUCCCAUCCCUCAGAGACUGGAACACCCCCCCCACCCACCCCCCCAGUUCAGCCCAGCAAGCCCAGCCUUGCACCAAAUGCUUGAGAC